CUUUGACCGCACAGGCAAUAACUCUUCCAUCUUUUGAAGAAUAUAGACUCGUAUGGUUUUGUGUCUGCAUUGACAGCAUUACUUCCGUCAUGGCUUCUAGCUUCCGCGAAAUCAUUGAUCCCAAUUGGAGCGAGAAUCUCCCUCGCAAUGUACAGGACUUCGUCUUCAAAAAUAACGAGAGUUUCGAUGAGAGCCUUACGAUUGUGGACCGCAUUCUGGAGCCAUCAACGAUGUUUCGGUUCUUAGAAUUUGCACUUGAUGGAAAAUUACCCUCCGGUGGGACGACAAGCUUACCCCUCCUCCCUGGGGAACUAAUUGAGAGUCAUUUGAUGGCACCAUAUGAAACUUGGGCACCAGGGCCACACGACGUAUUCGGCGGCAGUCCUUUCCAUCAAAUCUUAGUCAGGAUUGGGUCGGACAAAGACCCAAGCCGCUUAGUUCCUGUCGAGAAAGGCGUGCACGCCAUGAAAGGCCGACUCUGGGAAGGCGUACUACCCGUUUCUGAAGAACGCUGGGAGCAGAAACAAUUAGAUAGGCCGGAGAACCAUCAUUUGGCCUGCCGUUAUCUUGGGCAGGUGAUCGAGGUUUUCGACUAUCUCGAACAUCCGCGGAUUCUGCCCUUGCGUGGAUCCACCUAUAUGUUGAUCUACCAGCAUUUCUAUGAUUUCGACAAAGUCGUCAAUAACCUACCUGAACGGCUGCACCAACCCAAAAUUGGACUGUCUGCCCUCUGGAAUGAAUAUAUGACUUCGCAUUAUACCGCCAUGGCUGCCAGAGCCCAUUCAUGGGUCAUCUCCAAAACGAUAGCGCUGAGGGAACGAGAUGAGAAUCUACUCACGGAGCCCACCAUCACGAGAGAGUCGCUUGCUAUCGCAAACAUGAUUCACGAUUUGGCCGAGUUAGCUUUCUGCGCCGAUUCACGAAUUUUCAUAACCAUGCCCCGGAUGACUUGUCCCGUUGGGAGAGUCCUUCCAGGGCUAUCUCAACGCCGUGAGCAAAUGUCCAGAGCACUUCGACUGAGGACACGAGAGAUUAUGAUGCAAGAGACGGUUCACCAUUUUCAUGUAGGCAGGGAAGCUGGAUCGAUGCAACAACCGGGUCUAGCCGAAACGUCUCAAGUCCAGCGUGAAGCGCAACAGGAAGUACGACUGCAAUGGCGCGGGGAGCCGCUAGACUUACCACCUCAACCGUGGAUUAGAAAAUUGAAGGAGCAACUGGACGCGGCAGAUGAGAAGGAAAAGUCGUGGGGGUUUUCAAUCUAUAAACUCACGUAUCAAGCGAGCGACGGAGACUGGGCCAGAUUUCAGCAAAAAUUGAAUGCGGAUCUCCAGGAUUGGGGAAGAGGCCUGAAGGGCGCCAGUGACGUCAAAGCUAUGGCCAAGUUAACAUGGUAUGAUGGGCAGAAGCUCGGCCUUCGAGAAGAUAACAUCGAAGAUGCAAUGAGACACUUCCGCACAGUGCCUCCGUUCGGCAAGGGAACUUGGGAUAAACACGUCUUUCUAGUCGUUGACGCAGCAUCCUACGACUCGUACAUGUACGGUUCACCUUUCUCGCAGAUGCUGUUACCUGGCGAUACAGGCGGUUUUGUGACCGCUGUAGAGUGCGACUUCAACCCGAACGAGCAACGCGACCGUGCAGAGGAGUCUCCGCUUUGGGCCGGACGCCUUCGCAUUUUGGGCAACCUUGUCUAUCCGGAAUUAUUUGCAUUAUUGUUUGCGCAGAUGCAAGACCUUGAGCAUAUGUGGCCGUUCGCGAUGAACCAUCCAGAUCUAAUCUACACUGGAUUUACCGUCAAGGCGCAAGUUGACCGUUGGAAGAAGGUUACCUUGUUGAAGUUGAAGCUGUUUGAGUUGUUUAGCAGCCACUGCAAGGAUACGAGUUGAGAUACGCCUUUCACAGGCGAUGGAUUAUUUACAGUGCAUACCGUACGUUCGGUUUGAGAGAGAGUAGGAUAUACCUUGAUACAUCGAUGAUUUCCUCUAUGCUUCUCGGAAGUCUGGCUUGUUUGCCAUUUUGCCAACAGUAAUACAGUUAUUUAUUGUCGUCCACCUUCCCCUCACCACAACCGCUUCGCCUAACCGUGGUGUCCAGCGUCGUCUCCGCACAAAUCAUCGUCCCAGGAAUAGGCAAACACGGCCCCCACACCGCAGCGCUCUUCGUCGAGAACCUUGCAGUGGGCAUCGUCGGCAAAACCGUCGGUAACAUCGUGCUGACUGGUGGAGAAAUAUGUAAACGUAGUCGCAGGGGUUGGGAAGGAGAGACUGCCUCCUGGCAAUGUAGAAGGCCGCAUUGGAGGAACUGGGACGGUGAUGGUCAGAGUAAAUGAGAGUGCUGUGCUACUCGUUGAGAGAAGG